GCUUUUUCUUCCUCCUUGUGUUCUCGGGAAUUUAGGGUUCAUUUUGCCCUCUUUUUUGUCUUGCGAGCGGCCUCACCGCCAAACAGAGUACAAGAAAGAGCUUCUUCUUCUUCUUUUACUCGUAGCGUACAUGUAUCGAUGGAUCGUUGCAAUCCACAGUAGCCGAGAGUUAGGCGUUUGGUCUCUCGCAGCGCGGAUCUUCCUCUGCUCUUUCACGAAGUUGCACUUAUUCUCAGUGAAUUCGGCGAUUUAUGUGGCAUAGUCACGCAUGGCACGAGCUUGUAGGUUUUGCUUGAUGCAAUUGGGACAGUAUUGUAGCAAGAAGAUUUAGUGGUUCUAUUUAUCUCGAACUAGUUGGAAUGCCAAAGGAAAGGAGGGUGCAGUCUCUGUCCUUUGGACGGCGAUCUCGUGCAUUUCCUUUCUCAGCUAGUUCUUCUUCACGGAAGUCGCUUGACCGUGUGGAGUCGGCCAAGGAAAUUAAAGAAUGGGAGGAGGCUCUUUGCCCUGUGUGCCUGGAGCACCCCCACAAUGCUGUUCUCCUUCUCUGCUCCUCACACGACAACGGUUGCCGUCCAUUCAUGUGUGACACCAGCUACCGUCACUCUAACUGUCUGGAUCAGUACUGCAAGGCCUUAUCUGGAUCCAAGCCACCACAGGAUGUUGAUGGCAUGCAGCAACCAACCAAUCUGUUAUGCCCUCUCUGUCGUGGACUCGUCAGCGGUUGGACAGUGAUAGAGCCUGCUCGCAGGCAUAUGAAUGCUAAAUCUCGGAGCUGCUCUACGGAAUCAUGUGUGUUUAGUGGCACUUAUGGGGAUCUAAGGAAGCACGCAAGGAAAGAGCAUCCAUCUACGCGACCAUCAGAGGCUGAUCCGGAGCGGCAACAAGACUGGAGGAGGAUGGAACAACAGCGGGACCUUGGAGAUCUUUUCAGCAUGUUCCAUUCAGCUGUUACUGAAGGCCAGGCGGAAGUCAGUAUCGAUGAAGAUGAUGAAGAGGACAGCAACAGCAUGCUUCUAUUUCCUUCAGUCGCCGCCAUGGUUUUGGUUGUGCAUGUGCGUCAAGCAGGAGGAGAUGACACGGAUCGAUCAUCUCAGCCACGGUUUUAUAUCACAAGACCCUCUUCAGGGGAUUCAUCGGGAAGCCGAAGGGGAAGUGGGGUGAUCUCAUUGGCAGAGGCCAUAGGCAAUUCAAGGUCCACUAGCAGGGAGACCCAUGAUGGUGGAGCUAAUGAUGAUAGCAGAUCCAGUGAGGCGGAUACAGCUUCCCAACAGAACCAAGGAUGAUGAUGCUAGUUAUUUGUUUUGUGGCUGAAGCACUCGAUCUCAUCAUCAUUGGACUAUGGUGAGCUGCUGCAAUGUCAAUUCCUUCUCUAGUCUCUUUGAAGCAUUGAGCUAGCUGCUGUGUGGCCAUAGUUCACGGCUAGCCACUGUUACUGCAGCAAGUUAAAUUGAUGGAUGGUCAUUAUAAAGUUGUUCCAGAUGUAAUUUGUUGAUGUUGUCAAACUGCUCAGCUACAUGAUGACAUGCACAGGCACACAUUAAAAGAGAAGAAACUGGGCAUUUUAAUCAGUUGCGAUGUCAUGUUCUUUCAAAAGAUCAAUAAGUUCUUCAUGUAUUUGAUGUUUUCUAAUCAAAUGUAUGAAUACCAUUCUUGAUA